CGCUGGGCCGAAAGCGAAAGCCGUACUUGCUAGGAGCCGCCGCCGACACCGCUACAAUGGGGAGCCGCGUUUCGCGGGAAGACUUCGAGUGGGUGUACACCGACCAGCCGCACGCCGCGCGGCGCCGGGAGAUCCUGGAAUAAUGUGGUGUCCACCCUGCCAAAACCAACUUCUGAAUACUGGAACUUAACUGCUUAAUAUUCAGAAAAUCAAGGAAGUAAAAAGCAAAGUAUCCAGAGAUAAAAGACUUGAUGAAACCUGAUACCAACUUGAUAUGGAUUGUGAUCAUGAUGAUUUUCACUCAGGCAGUUGCAUUGUAUUUAGUAAAGGACUUGGAUUGGAAAUGGGUCAUAUUUUGGGCAUAUGCCUUUGGCAGCUGUAUUAACCAUUCAGUGACUCUGGCUAUUCAUGAAAUUUCCCACAAUAAUGCCUUUGGCAACUACAAGACCAUGUGGAAUCGCUGGUUGGGAAUAUUUGCUAAUCUUCCCAUUGGCAUUCCAUAUUCAGUUUCCUUUAAGAGGUAUCACAUGGAUCAUCAUCGAUACCUUGGAGGUGAUGGCAUUGAUGUAGAUAUUCCCACUGAUUUUGAAGGCUGGUUCUUCUGUACUACUUUUAGAAAGUUUAUGUGGGUUAUUCUUCAGCCUUUCUUUUAUGCUUUGCGACCUCUGUUCAUUAACCCCAAACCAAUUUCUUCUCUGGAAACUAUUAAUAUUGUGGUCCAGUUCACUUUUGACAUUAUCAUUUACUAUGUUUUGGGAAUUAAAUCCUUAGUCUAUAUGUUGUCAGCAUCCUUACUUGGUCUAGGUUUGCACCCAAUUUCUGGACAUUUUAUAGCUGAACAUUACAUGUUCUUAAAGGGACAUGAAACCUACUCAUAUUAUGGGCCUCUGAAUUUACUUACCUUCAACGUGGGCUACCACAAUGAACACCAUGACUUCCCCAACAUUCCUGGAAAAAACCUUCCACUGGUGAGGAAAAUAGCAGCUGAGUACUACGAAAAUCUUCCCCACUACACCUCCUGGAUAACAGUACUGUAUGAUUUUGUGACAGAUGAUACAAUAAGUCCCUAUUCAAGAAUGAAGAGGCAUCAAAAAGGCACAGUGGUACUGGAGUAAAUGUUGUUGUAACCAAAGGAAUUCUCUGAAACUUGAAAAGAGCUGAUGAAGUGGAAUUUUUGCAUUGUUAAACUCAGACCAGCAAUGUUUAGAAGCUACUCUAUAAUAUAAUUUCCAAGUAUACGAUCCCCUUGGUAUCAAGAAGCUAAUCUGGCUUUAAGCAGCCAGGCUGCUUGCAGUUCAGCUUUACUCACAGGAAACCUGUUCAGUGUAUCAUUGUUGAGGUUGUUUUUCCUGAUGCUGGCAUUCUGUAACCCUAUCAUAAAAAAGCUAUUUCUAGUAUGUUAUUUUCACUGUAAAGUUUUACUGUAUUAAAAUAGCUAAUAAAUUGAGCUAUUAAUCACAA